GUACAAUAGUAUUUAUAGUUUUAUUCUAAAAUUAUGUUAAAUAUUUAAUUUGUACUAUAAGUGUUUUUUCACAUGGAGUCAUGGGAAUUCCCUUACUGUAGCAUAUGUUACGACCGUUUACUCACAAAUUUAACUCUCUUGCCAAACUGUGGCCAUAUUUACCACAAAGACUGCUUAAAUAGCUGGUUUGAGAGAAUUAAAGUUAAGAAUCCUGGAUGCCCAUUAUGUAGAACCUCUGUUAACAUUAAAAAGAUUCUUUCCCUAAAUUACUCAAUUUCCAAAUCCGAAAGUAUCGAAAGCCUGCCCUCCAACCAGGAUCAUUCUCCUUCUGAUACAAUCAAGAAUGAGUUGGAACACCUUAAACAUCGGUUAAGUCAGGCUUCAUCUGACAAUCUCGAUCUUUCUCAAAAGCUCGCUUCACUCCAGUCUGAGAAAGAUUUUCUUGAGGAACAGUUAAAUCAAGAGAUUUCACGCUCAGAAUCUUUGAGUAAUGAGAACAAGGAGCUGUUGUUUUCUCAGGAAAGUAGCAAGACCACAAUACACGGUCUUAGCAAUAAAGUUAACGAACUUAAGGAAAAGCUCGCCAAGCUUGAAAGUCUUUCUAAAUAUCUCAAUGACCAGAACCUUCCUGAAGCUGAUAACUUAAAAACAUUCCUCUCCCAAUUUUCCAAUGAUCAGAAGAUGAACAUCUUAACUACAAGAAUUGUGGAGCUUGAAAAUGCCGUGUCAGACUUGAGUGAGAAGAACAGGAAGCUAAAGAUCGAACGCGAGGAAACUGACAUUCAUUAUAAGAACAUGAGACUGGAGUUCAUUAAAAUGUAUAACCACUUUAACCCUCCUCCAGUGGAACAAAAGAAGGAAGAGUUGCCUGGGAUAAACGACGAUUACACUGGCCAUUGCACUAGGGUGGUUAAAACUGAGAAAUCUGACUAUCAUCCUAAGUCUCAGAACUCGGAACAACCACCUCAAUUAACAACAUCCGCUGUUACUAAUAAUGGUUCAACUAAUCCAUUCGAUCCACUUAGAGCAAAGAACGUUCUGCAAACAAGUAAUUCUGAGGAAAGGAAUUUAACUCCUGGAAGAACCGUCAUGUUGUCAAAGGUUAAAAAGGUUAAGGUUGGAACUCCUGUGUCCAGGAUCAAUGAGCGUUCUAAGGCUGUGUUAUCCCCCGAAAGGAGAAACCCAUUCAUCGCAGAUGGUUCCAAUAGUCCAUUCACCUCUCCAGAUCCCAACGGUAUGAGGAGAUCUAAGUCGAAGUCAAGGUCGCUCUACGAAAGUGGAAAUUGCGCCAAAAACAUUAACAACCCGUUUAACAGCAAUAAACCGCAGAGCAUUUUCACAUUUUUUAAGACUAAGGAUAAAAAUGAUAAUACUAAUGUAAUAUAACUUAUAGUACAUUAAAAAUCAGCGGUGGUAGAAAAC